CGAAGUUGAAGGACUCGCUCAUGAGUGGAGGACUGUCCGAAGAAACUUUUGAUUUGAUACUCUACGGUGCACCACAUUCCGAACAUAAUGCUCCUGCGGCCAAUGAGAACGGAAGGCCGGGAUCAGCCAAAAAGCAUGGUGCAGCAAAUGGGUAUUCCAAGCCCUACAUUGCUCUUUCGCACGAGAAACAUCAAGAUUUCGCUGCGGAACUCGACGAUGAUGACGAAGGUGCCCUGACAGACUCUCGCAGCGAUGAUAGAGACGAUUACGGGGAGUCUUCAAGAAGCACGUUAUCCUCAUCGCAAUCUGAACAACGCACCGUGAUGGUCCGUGGUCUCCCUGACAAGGUAACCCACCGACAUAUCGUGGACGCUGUGAAAGGUGGCGCCAUUUUGCAUAUCUACCUCUGGAACCGAGAUCACACAGCAAGCAUUUCGUUCGUUGAGGAAACUGCCGCUCAAGACUUUUUGGACCAUUCAAGGGCAUACGGUUUGUAUGUGGCUGAAAAACGUGUCGAGAUUCUAUGGAAUGACCGUCAAUUUUAUCUUCCACCCUUUGUUCGAACCAAAAUCGGCAAUGGAGCGUCUCGAAAUUUGGUUAUCUACAAUGUCAACCCGAAUAUCACCGAAGACAUCAUUCGAAAGGAUAUGGAACAUAUCCAUAACUUGAUUGUGAUUUCGGUGAAAUUCAAACAUGGAAACGCAUAUAUCUCAACGAAUUCCGUUCACAACGCCCUCUUUGCCCGCUCCUGCAUGAUGUCUCGCUUCACUUACAAAGGAAUGAAGAUCGCCUUCUAUCCCGAUGAAUGCGCCGAGCCACUCCCAAGCAUCCCCACUGGCCCGAAGAAGGUAGCAGCUCCGAAGAAGCCCAUCCCGUUGCCAAAUAGAUUCCAUCUUCUCUCCAUGGAUGGGUCUGAGGAUGAGGAAAAUGAAGAUCACGGCGCCCUAGGCGCUAAUCUCAAUGGUGGUGUCUGUUUGGAAGACAACAGCGUAACGGCUUAACUUUCGGCAAGGUCACAAUGUCUCUUCGCUUUUUGCAUGAUUUCUUCAUUUUCCUUUCAGCGACCAACAAGCUUAUCUCUUUGUAAUCGGCCUCUAUUUCAGCAUUUACAUCUUGACAGGAAUUAGGCGAGAUUGUUAGCAGAUAUCGUACUCUUGGGAAUCGACGGCUGGCACUUCGAUUAAAGGAUUUGACUUGCGCCAUGUAUACUAAUAUCCUAUUUAGCAUGUUAGUGUACGUAGGUCUAGCCGCAGCGGAGUAGGCGUUGAGUAGGGUCGGGAAGCUGUAAGCCAAAGGCCAUUCUAAUGUUCAUAUAAAUCCCUCAGCAAACAAGCUUAUAGACAGAACUCAAAUACUUAAGACGCAACAUUGAAGAAUAAGGGAAAUUGGGUGACAUUUCAUAUUCCUGGCCUAUACUAAAUCCAGU